CAAAAGGGGUUUAAAUUACACAAAUACUCCUUGUAGUUUGGUCUUUGACAUCUCGAACCCAAAGUACAAACUUCUAAAUCCCCGUUCCACCGACUCCAUUUCCAUUUCCAUUGAAGAAAUGUCGAUACUGUGGGAGAAAAGCUCCGCAUGGCGAUGGCUAGUGAGGAAAACACGAGACUCCAAGCCCUUUUUCUUCGGUUUCGCCACCGUCUGUGCGGUGGUCCCCGGUGUCGUCGGCUAUUACGUCAUGCAGUUCACCAAUUCACGCAACGAUCAGCUCGAAGCACAGCUCCGUCGUGAUGCUCGCCCCGAUACCCUAUUGAUGGGAAAAGUGAACAAAGAGAGGCUGGGAGAGUUCCUCGGGGAGCUGCAGAGGAAGGAAGAUACGAAUGAUAGGUACGUUGCUGCUUUGAAGGGGGAAACCUUAACCAGAAAUCCAUACAUCAGAGUUCAACCCGUCAACCCCUCUCAAGCCGACAAAUGAAGAAGGGAAGAUCUGGUGAGAUUACACUUUUAUCAGAAUGUUCUGUAAUUUAUCGAGUUUAUGAUGAUUGAUGAACUUGCAACAAGAAAGAAGAAAGUUUAUGAUGUACCUGAAGAUGAUAUCAAUUGAUGGUUUUCAUUGUGUAUUUUGCUUCUGUUUUAUCUUUUAUAUGAGGAAACUAAAUUCUUGACCUUCUUAAAUUCAGAAUAAGUGGAUAAAAAUAGAAAAUAGAGGCAGUUGUUAUCGAAACUGUAUGCAAGGCAAAUCAGCCGAUUUGAGAUUUAUAUCGUUUGUUA